AUGGGAGGAGCGUUCAAAGCGAACCGAGUGGUUUACAAGGCGGCGAGUAGCAUCGACGUGACUCGUCGUCUUCCCGCGAAUUCCGACGACGACGAAGAAGAAGAUCAAUCUUAUCUUCAUCCCGAUGUCAAAGCUCCGCGGAUGGGUGGAGUGGUGGUGAAAGUGUUCGCGUGGUUUCUGGAGUCACGGAUUUUGGGCACCUUGCUGCUUUACCUCCUCAAGAGAAACAAUCUCAUCCACAAGCUUGUGACAAAUGCAGAGCUGGAAGAGUCGCCUCUUUAUGUCCCUCUGCAUCCUUUUCAAGAGUUGGAGGAGCAAGAAGUGAAGCAAAUUGAGUCAUCAGAUCCCGCAAGUCAGGUCCAACAAGCAGUUGAGAAUUGCCUACAGCCUUUGUCAUCACCAAAUUGCUCCACUACUUCACCUAGUUUCCAUCGGUGGACCGUCAUGGACUACUAUAACGCAUAUACUACUCGACAGAUUACUCCCACCAUGGUGGCAGAAAGGUUAAUAGCAGCCAUUGAAGAAAGUUCAAGUGCGCCAUGGAAUAUGGGAUUCUUUAUUAAUCACUGCCCAAAAGACAUCCUCAAACAAGUCUCGGAAUCAACUCUUCGAUAUGAAAGAGGAGAGGCAAUAUCAGUUCUCGAUGGUGUCCCCAUUGCCGUUAAAGAUGAGAUUGACUGUGCUCCCUAUCCCACAACUGGAGGAACAAAGUGGCUACACAAAGCAAGAGCAAGUGAAGGUGACGCGGAAUGUGUAGCGAGGCUGCGACAAUGUGGGGCGAUUCUCGUUGGCAAAACUAACAUGCACGAGCUUGGAGCUGGGACCAGUGGCAUUAAUCCCCAUUAUGGGGCUACUAGAAAUCCGUUCGAUGUAGGGAAGAUUGCUGGAGGUUCAUCCAGCGGAUCGGCGGCAGUGGUGGCUGCGGGGCUUUGCCCUGCCGCCCUAGGUGUUGAUGGUGGAGGAUCUGUAAGAAUGCCUGCAGCACUGUGUGGCGUUGUUGGUUUCAAACCCACAUUUGGCCGCGUACCACACUCCGGUGUUCUUCCUUUAAACUGGACAGUAGGGAUGGUGGGUGUAUUGGCAGGCACAGUUGAGGAUUCAUUGAUUGUCUACGCAGCCAUUAGCGGAGACUCACAAAAAACAUCGGAUUCGGAGAUGAAGAAUAACAAGAAGCCGAAUCCUACAAAGCCAAAACUGUAUCUUCCACUGCUGGAAUCAACAAGUUCAGUCACGAAUAUUAAACUGGCAAGAUAUAAAGAGUGGUUCAAUGAUUGCACGGAGGAGAUCAGGGAGUGCUGUUCCCACGCGCUGGAUCUCCUCUCACAGAAAUACGGGUGGAAGACGGUGGAGGUGAUCAUACCGGAGAUAGAAACGAUGCGGUUGGCACAUUACGUAACGAUAGGAUCGGAAUGCAGUACCGCGCUUGGCCCUCACCUACACAACUCCAAGAAUGUGGGAAAGAUGGGGUGGGAUGUGAGGGUGGGCCUCUCUGUUUAUGGCGCUUUCAGCAGUAAAGAGUACAUCCAGGCUCAAAGGCUAAGGAACCGGCAACUAGAGAUCCACAGGAAGGUGUUUGCAAUGGCGGAUGUGAUCGUUUCACCAACCACAGGAGUGACAGCUUAUCCAAUAUUGAACGACUGCCUCAAGACUGGCGAACUAGAUUACGUCAAUGGAGCUGCACUUGUUCGGUACCAAAUAGCUGGGAAUUUCUUGGGAUUACCUGCAAUUACUGUCCCUGUGGGAUAUGAUAAGAAAGGGCUGCCAAUUGGGCUUCAGUUCAUAGGUCAGCCAUGGUCCGAACCCACUCUCCUCCACAUUGCAUUCGCCAUGCAGGGCCUGUGCAACCAAGGAUACAAAAAGCCAGAGGCUUUCUACGAUUUGCUCCACAAAUAG